CCAUGGUGGCGGUGGGGUUAUGGUAUGGGCAGGCAUAAGCUACAGACAACAAUGAUGGCAAUUUGAUUGCACAAAAAUACCAUCUUGAGAUCCUGAGGCCCACUUUUGUUAAGUUAUCUGUGACCAACAGAUGCAUCUGUAUUCCCAGUCAUGUGAAAUCCAUAGAUUAGGGCCUAAUGAAAGUAUUUCAACUGACUGAUUUCCUCGAACUGUAACCCCGUAAACUCAAUGCAAUUGUUGCAUGUUGGGUUUUCACUUACAUAUUUGAUGGACAUGUCUCUGUGCCAAACAACCAAUACACGAAGACGAGGUGAAAAGGUAACUAACUGUAGACUACUUUUAUUUUAUUUUUUUGUAUGGUGAAAAGGGACAGAUGAACACAUGCCGCCUCCAAUUCAUUCUAAUAAUAUCAGAGCAUGUGUUACUGUACUGCCCGAAAGGAUGUUCCUCUGUUCUGGCAAAACUUACAGAUGAUGUCGACAAAAAUACAUUUUGUAAUCGAUAAUACAAACUUUUUACUGAACCUAUCAAAUCCAGAGGUUCCUCUUCCGCCUCCUUAGCGCCUGCCAAUCAGGGCUAAGUGUCGUACCGGAGGGGCGGUUUGCUUUUUACACAGGAAGAUGGAUCAAAAUGAGGUGGGGGAUAUGUGCAUUGGGUAAUCACUUGCUAUGUAGCCAGAGAAGGCGAAGUCAAAUAUUGAUCAUUUUCCAGAGCUUAUUACUGAAGUUACCCCUCUGACAUCAAGAAUGGACAUAAGUUAACAAUGACGGGAGAAAAGAAGAAGAAAAAGCGGCUGAACCGCAGCGUUCUUCUGGCUAAGAAAAUUAUUAUAAAAGAUGGAGGCAGUCCCCAGGGGAUGGGUGAUCCCAGUGUCUAUCAUGCUGUGGUGGUGAUCUUCCUGGAGUUCUUUGCCUGGGGGCUUCUUACCACGCCCAUGCUAACGGUCUUACAUGAAACAUUCCCUCAACACACAUUCCUGAUGAAUGGGCUUAUUCACGGUGUCAAGGGUAUUUUGUCGUUCCUGAGUGCGCCUCUGAUUGGUGCGCUAUCAGAUGUAUGGGGUAGGAAGUCCUUCCUGCUGCUAACAGUCUUUUUCACCUGCGCCCCCAUCCCCCUCAUGAAGAUCAGCCCAUGGUGGUACUUUGCAGUCAUUUCUAUGUCUGGUGUGUUUGCCGUCACCUUCUCUGUGAUCUUUGCGUAUGUGGCGGACAUCACGGCAGAACACGAGAGGAGCACAGCCUACGGUUUGGUGUCCGCUACCUUUGCAGCCAGCCUAGUGACAAGCCCGGCCAUUGGAGCGUACCUGUCGGAGACGUACGGUGACACCCUGGUAGUGAUACUGGCUACGGCCAUCGCCCUGCUGGACAUAAUUUUCAUCCUGGUGGUCGUCCCCGAGUCGUUGCCCGAGAAGAUGAGACCAGCCUCCUGGGGAGCACCCAUCUCCUGGGAGCAGGCUGACCCCUUCGCUUCUCUGCGGAAGGUGGGCCAGGAUUCCACGGUGCUUCUCAUCUGCAUCACAGUGUUCCUGUCUUACCUACCUGAGGCCGGACAAUACUCCAGCUUCUUCCUCUAUCUCAGACAGGUACAAAGGUUCAGUUCAGAGACAGUAGCUGCCUUCAUAGCUGUGGUGGGCAUCCUCUCCAUUGUUGCUCAGACAAUGGUUCUGGGGAUUCUGAUGCGCUCCAUAGGGAAUAAGAACACCAUCCUACUGGGCCUAGGCUUCCAGAUACUACAGCUGGCCUGGUACGGCUUCGGAUCUCAACCAUGGAUGAUGUGGGCAGCAGGAGCGGUAGCGGCCAUGUCUAGCAUUACGUUCCCAGCCGUCAGUGCCAUCGUGUCCCGCAACGCAGACCCCGACCAGCAGGGUGUUGUCCAGGGGGUGAUAACAGGUAUCCGUGGUCUGUGUAAUGGGCUGGGCCCGGCCUUCUAUGGCUUUAUAUUCUACCUGUUCCAUGUGGAGCUGACUGAUCUGGACGCUGUAGACAGCCCUGGGAAAGAACCCAAACCUAACAUGGCCAACCCUGCUGAUGAGAGUUCCAUCAUCCCCGGCCCUCCCUUCCUGUUCGGGGCGUGCUCCGUACUGCUAUCUCUGUUAGUAGCCCUGUUCAUCCCAGAGCACAGUGGUCCGGGGAUCCGGCCGGGAGGCUACAAGAAACACAACAACGGGGCCCAGAGCCACUCACACAGCCCUCCCAGUAGCGGGGCCGAGGGCAAGGAGCUGCUACUGGAUGGCAGCUGUGUAUAACACCAGCCUGGGGGCACAAACUCCACACUUGCUCCCCCUGAGCCCAAACAAGUGAACCAUUACUUUCACACAUGUACCCAGAUGAGUGGCCUCUUCUUCUGGCAGGGAAGAUGCACGUGUUUGUCUGUGUCUGAACACCUCGUGGGCUGUGGUUUAUCUGAAGCCGCUGAGGUGUGUGUGUGUGUGUGUGUGUGUGUGUGUGUGUGUGUGUGUGUGUGUGUGUGUGUAGAGAGAGAGAGACUCUCUUGGUUGAGCUGAUCUCUGCCCUGAGAGUCUUGAGAACCAGGAAGAGGAUAAAGGAGGUGGGGAUGUAGAGUUCCUGCCAGAGAGCUAUGCAGCACACCCAUCCGUCCCACAUGGGCGGGAUCUGGUUGGAGUGAAGGUCCAAGGUUAUCUGAACUGUUACUAAGCUCUGUGUGAUUUAUUUGUCCAAAAUGGCACCCUAGUCCCUAUAUGGUGCACUUCUUUUGACCAGGGCCCACUAGGGAAUAGGGUACCAUUUGUGAUGCAACCCACUCUGACAACAACUGUUCUUUCCCUUAGAGAGGGAGUCAACAACAUAGUUCUGCUGGCCAGUUUACAAGCUACCAAACUUCUGUUGUGACUGAUUUUAUUGUCUAAAUAUGGCAGAUGAGAAAGCAGGUCUUCCUCUGUGUGUGUGUGUCCAAAGCUGGGAGAGAAGUUACUGUAUGCCUCCAAAAUGGCCCCUAUUCCCUUUAUAGUGCCCUACUUUUGACCAGCCUCUGGUGCACUAUAAAGGGAAGAGCGUGCCAUUUGGGAGUCAAACACUGUAGAACUUGAGGAGAGCCUCUGAAGAUCCAUCUAAGAACCACAACCCAUCCAGAUGGGGACAGCACAAUAGACAUUAACCUUUAACUAUUUUUCUAGAGGGACUUGAACCUAACAUUUGACUGACCAACCUCUAUUCCAUUGAAUAUCACAUUUAACUGAGUUGUGUGUAAACCACUUUAGUUUUUCCAAUGUUUACCUUUCUGUCGUCUGUUCCAUUAGACUAGCAGACAGACAGUACAGGACCUCUUGGGUUGGAUAUGUUUCCAGUGUUCAUCACACACUUAAGGCUAGUUGUGCUUGAAGUUUUUAUUCCAGAGAAAUGUUGCCUUGGAAGUGACGUUGUCUUCAUAUUAAUAUAUUACAACCUGUAUGAAGACUGUUGUCUGACUGUCUGAGGUGGGUCUGUAAUUGUUGCUUUCGCUGCUAUUGGAGCCUUAAGUCAUUUUAGUCUUGUUUUCUAAUUCUACUCCUCACAACCCUCUUCUAUGUGAAUCUAGGCACAGCCGUAGUUAACACACAGACUAGCAUGACUGUAGUUCUGUAAACAGCCGUAGUUAACACACAGACUGGCAUGACUGUAGUUCUGUUAACAGCCGUAGUUAAGACUGGCAUGACUGUAGUUCUGUUAACAGCCGUAGUUAACACACAGACUGGCAUGACUGUAGUUCUGUUAACAGCCGUAGUUAACACACAGACUGGCAUGACUGUAGUUCUGUUAACAGCCGUAGUUAACACACAGACUGGCAUGACUGUAGUUCUGUUAACAGCCGUAGUUAACACACAGACUGGCAUGACUGUAGUUCUGUUAACAGCCGUAGUUAACACACAGACUGGCAUGACUGUAGUUCUGUUAACAGCCGUAGUUAACACACAGACUGGCAUGACUAGUUUUGUUAACAACUUUCCCAUAGACGGUUUCUGGUUCUUUAUUCACAAAGUGUCUUGAGUGCUGAUCUAGGAUCAGUGUUGCCUGUUACAUCAUAGUGAAUAUGAUUAUAUGGUCGGGGAACAACCUGAUCCAAGAUCAGCAUUCCUACUCUAAAAUACUUAGUGAAUAAGUUUCCUGAUCUGUAAUGUUGGUAUCAAUGUGAGCACUGAUAUUGUUAAUAAAACGGUCUGUAGUAAAAUUAUUAGGUCAGUAAAAAUUCAUAUCAUUUGUUGUUCUGCGGUAGGAUAGUGAAGGUUAAAUGUUGUGUGGCAUUAGACAUGGCUGCAAAUGUGGUUUUAGCUCCCGUUUCUGUCAGUCUGUCUUUGACUGCAAUGGUGUUGCAGAUACUACUGUGUCUUUGCUGUUGUACUUUUGAAACAAUAGAUUUUUUUGUAAAUGAGCCUCAAGUGCAUUGAAAUGACCAAAUAGGACUGAUUGGUGUCAAAAUGUUGGACAUUUUCAGAAUUUCUAUUUAGUCAAAUUAUUAACUUUUUUUGUGCCAUGUUUGUUUUUUUAUUGCAAGAAACACAAGGAAGGGGUAACAUUAAAGUAUUAGAACAUGAAGGAUAACAAUACAGCAUCAAGAUACUUUCCGCAACAGAGCCAUCCUUAUGUGUGAGGGUGCGUGUGCAUGAUAGUGAUAUAAAAUAUGUCAUAGUUUCCUUUUUCAUGAUCACAAUCUUGUUUGUUUUUGUUAAUUUGUUUGACUACUUAAACUUUUUUUUUUUGCAAAGUUUAAGUGCUAUUUUGAAUAGCUUAUAACACUUAGAUGUUCCAAUGUUUUUAUUUGUGGAUUUCUUCAACAUUUUGGGGAUUUAUUGAAUGUCCAGCUUUGCAUUUAAAAACUCAUUUCUCAAUGGUCAGUUCGAUUUAACAAUAAGCUGUUAAUUUUGUUGAAAUUUUAUCAAUAGAUGACAUCACUAGCAUAAUUGAAUGUUCUAAGCAAUACAUGUUGUUGUUAUGCCAACCAGUCAUUUCAACUGGGUUAGCAGUGAGGCCAUUAACUUUGAUUUCUGUUCUACCUGUGUGUCUCAACUGGCACCCUAUGGGCCCUGGUCAAAAGUAGUACACCACAUAGGGAAUAGAUAUGCCAAUGCGCAGGUCAUAUUGAAUUGGACCAACAACACACUUAAGGACAGUAAAGCCAAUGACUAAAAUCCUACAUGAAUAAUUACAAUUUAUUCUGCACCAGCCACAACACAUUUACAGUUCAAACAUGUAUUUCAGUAAAUGUACAAACAUUUGUUUACUUAACGUGUGUGUGUGUGUGUGUGUGUGUGUGUGUGUGUGUGUGUGUGUGCGCACAAAACAUUAGGAAAACCUUCCUAAUAUUGAGUUGGUCCCCCUUUUUCUCUCAGCACAACCUCAUUUGGUCAGGGCAUGAACUCUACAAGGUGUUGAGAGCGUUUCACAGGGAUACUGACCCAUAUUGACUCCAAUGCUUCCCACAGUUGUAAAGUUGGCUGGAUGUCCUUUGGGUGUUGGACCAUUCUGAUACACACGGGAGACUGUUGAGUAUAAAAAAAAAACAGCAGUGUUGCAGUUGUUGAUACAAACCGGUGCGCCUGGCACCUACUACCAUACUACUACCUGACCCUGUUCUAAGACGCCUAAAUCUUUUGUCUUGUCCAUUCACCCUCUGAAUGGCACACAUACACAAUCCAUGUCACCUACUACCAUACCCUGUUCAAAGGUAAUUACGUGUUUUGUCUUGUCCAUUCACCCUCUGAAUGGCACACAUACACAAUCCAUGUCACCUACUACCAUACCCUGUUCAAAGGUAAUUACGUGUUUUGUCUUGUCCAUUCACCCUCUGAAUGGCACACAUACACAAUCCAUGUCUCAAUGAUGUCGAGGCUUAAAAAUCCUUCUUUAACCCGUCUCCUCCCCUUCAUCUACACUGAUUGAAGUGGAUCUAUCAAGUGACAUCAAUAAGGGAUCAUAGCUUUCACCUGGUCCCUCUGUCAAGGAAAGAGCAGGUGUUCCUAAUGUUUUGUAAACUCAGUGUGUAUGUUAAAAGGAGAUGGGAUCCUGCUGGUCUGAUUGCUACAGUAGUGUGGAGCAACUAUACUGAACAAAAAUAGAAACGCAACAUGCAACAGUUUCAAAGAUUUUACUGAGUUACAGAUCAUUUAAGGAAGUCAGUCAAUUGAAAUAAAUAAAUUACGCCCUAAUUUAUGGAUUUCAAAUGACUGGGAAUACAGAUAUGCAUCUGUUAGUCACAGAUACCUUUAUUAUGCUGAAACAUGGGGUGAUGGAUGAAUGGCAGAACAGUGGGCCUCAGGAUCUCGCCACGGUAUCUCUGUGCAUUCAUAUUGCCAUCAAUAAAAUGCAAUUGUGUUCGUUGUUUGUAGUUUAUGGCCGCUCAUGCCAUAACCCCACCGCCACCAUGGGGCACUCUGUUCACAAUGUUGAAGUCAUCAUACGUGGCCUGCAUUUUGUGAGGCCAGUUGGAGCCGGCUUAUGGUAGAGAAAUUAUGAGAAAAAAGAAGAGACCCACACACUGCUCUUGCUUGUAUCACUGCUCUUUAUUAAGCUUCACGUAUCAGCCUCAAGGUCUUCAUCAGAGCGCUAGAGAAAUGAACAUUCAGCUCUGGUGGACAUUCUUGCAGUCAGCAUGCCAAUUGCAUUUUCCCUCAACUUGAGACAUCUGAUGGUUGUGUUGUGUGACAAAAAUGCACAUUUUAGAGUGGCCUUUUAUUGUCCCCAGCACAAGGUGCACCUGUGUAAAUAUAAUGCUGUUUAAUCAGAUUCUUGAUGUGCCACACCCUUCAGUUGGAUGGUUUGUGCUUAUGGAACAUUUCUGGGAUCUUUUUUUUAUUUCAGCUCAUGAAACAUGGGACCAACCCUUUACAUGUUGCGUUAUACAUUUUGGUUCAGUAUAUAUUUUCUCAUACUGACCGUGGUUCUGUGGGCCGCUCCUGUUUUGUAGUCCGAUGUGGCCUGGGCUGAGCCUCCGCUCUGUGACUGGGCUGAGCCUCCGCUCUGUGACUGGACCGGUGGAGGAUGAUCAUAAUUAUAAUAAUAAUAAUAAUAAUAAUAAUAAUAAUAAUAAUAGCAUGUAAACAUGGGAAUCUAAUGGCAAAGUAUUUAUUAAAGAUUUAUUCUACAUUGAGUUUUGACUGUCUUUUGCCACAUACAGUAGGCUACAUGUAAAAACAUGUACUGGGAAACGUGGUCGUGUUUAUUAGUGCACAUCGUAGCAAAACGUUUUUGCAAUGGAGAAAAAAAAAUACUAUUGGACUAAGAUGGUGCCUCUCUGUAUUCCGUUUCAGGCUUUAUUUCAUGUCAUGCCCACUGAACACCACCCAGGCUUCAGCGGACAGAACAAACACAGAACAUUCUGUUCUUCAUUUGUGUUAAAUGAUCUUACUAUGGUAGCCAUGUGAGGAUGUUCUUGUUUUCAGAGCACCUCCUCCCUCCCAGUACGAGGUUAUUCAGAAACCACUGAUGGAGUCCUAUUCAUCUAAGCGGUUAGUAGGAAUGUUUAGUCUGUAGCUAGCUUUCCUUCCAAUUGGCCACAGAUUUUCAUGCGAAUAUUAAAAAAUUUGCAUAAAAACACCCACCAGAGGAUGUUUCCAUCAAAUGGACUUAUUGCGGAUAAAAGGCUGUGAUGACACAGUGCAUAUAAAAAUUACUUUUGCGAUUUAAUUCCAGUGUGCCGAAUUAAAAAUGAUAAGUUAAAUGGGUUUCCGUCGCAUUUUAAACUCGACUGCUGGUAAUGUCACAAAUGUUGCGUUAUAUAGUAAGUGUGCCCACUCUGGUACUGGCAUGCAUGUGAUCUCUAGCCAACAGCUCGCAGAUAGAGUGAGGGUAGAGCCUACAUCGGGGAUGGGCAAUUCUGAUGCGGGUAGGAGCCACAAAAAAAUCUGAACUCGUCAUGAGGGGCUGCAGUUGAUAAACGGGUCUGCCUACCCCCACACCCCUUUCCCGUUUUACUUAAAUUCGUGCAAUUCGAAACGUUUACGUAGAGAUAAUGUAGCAGCCCUCCAAGACCAUCACAUAUCUACUUAAAGCAACUUCAUUACGGUCUGUCAAUACGUGGACGUUGACAAUAGGUGUCAUUAAGGUCAUGUGACCUGACCAGAGAGAACUUGGGAGUGUGCACGCUCACCCAGUCUCUAGAUGACGGCUGCACAGUGGAAGAACAAACUGUGUGCCAUGCAGUUUACCACUCCCAAUUUGAAAUACAUUUUGUAGCUGCAUGGUCCGAGCCAUAACAUUAAUCAGAAUUCUCCUGUCCUAUCCUAUUCUCUCCUGUCAUGCAUUAGUAAUAAACAAGUCGUUCAGCCACAAGGUGGCAGCAGUGUGAGGUGGGGAAACUAACCUCUAACAUUCUCUCAUUGAGUCUGAGGGAGAGAGAGAAUAAAUGAAAUAACUAGAAAUGAACAGUUUCAAAAGAAUAGGCAUUUCAAAUGUUAUAAUAUUGUCUAGUGUUGUAACAAUGUGCAAAUAGUUUAAGUAUGAAAGGGAAAAUAAAUUAACAGAAAUAUGUGUCUGUAAUGGGGUCCCACAUUUGGCAGGAGGUUAGGAAGUGCAGCUCAGUUUCCACCUCAUUUUGUGGGCAGUGUGCACACAGCCUGUCUUCCCUCGACAGCCUAUGGUGGCCUCGCUCAAUAGCUAGACUAUGGUCACUGAGUCUGCACUAAUCCACAUUUUUCUUAAUUUGGGGUCAGUCACAGUGGUCAGGCAUAACCGUGGGAAGAUAUGGGGGGGUUAUAAAUGCAGUUCUACGUCAUUUACAUGAUAAAAUACAUUAGCAUAAUCUUUUUUAAUAGAACACAAAUGGCCAAAUGCAGGCUACUGUGCAACUUAUUAUUCAGGUAUUCAAACUUUUAGUUAUUUUGUAUUUAUAAUUUAUUUAAUCAUGAAUAGUAUUAUUGUAUAUCAAUAUUAGUGUAGCCUAUUUAUUCAUCUAAACCAGAUAUUUUAGCGUGUUUUCUUUUCAUUCUGUUGAGACAUUUUCAUUGGCUAAAUUAUGUUUGAUCUGUCUUUAAUUGUGUGCUCCGUAUUUAGUUUAAGAGGUUAUAAGUAGGCCUUUUGUAAAAAUAAAUAUUAUUAGCCUAUUGCUGUCAUUGGUUAGUACGGUAGACACUAGCACUUCUUGGUAAUUGCUGCAAUAUAGCCUGUUCAAAACUUUUGUGAAGAUUUAAACCAGUUCGCAAGUGAUUUGUUUGAUUCUGUUGUCAUUUUCUUUGUCCAAGUUAAGUUCCAACUGUAAUGUUAUGUUUACUGCAUUGUCUUGCUUGUAUUUUGCUUAUAAAACGUGGCUUGGCAUUUGAUAUUACCUUAAUAAAAUGUAGGAACUUUU